GUGCGGGCAAGAACUCGCAGUGUCGGCGGUUUCUCUCGACGUCGUGCGCGCCCCAAGUCAAGGCGGUGCAGGCGGAGCGCGUCGGACCAUCAGCUGACGCACAAACAUGGCGCCGUCCUUAAGCAAGUUCAUUCCUCCGCGCAAGCCGGUGAUUGUGGCCGGUGCGGUAGCCGUGGUCUACUUGUGGUCCUACCUGCGGUUCCUACGGAAACAGAAAAAGAGUAAAGAGCUCGCUGCUGCCGCGUUAGUCUACGAUAAGAAAGAUGCCAAAAGGGAGAAAGCACACGUCGAUCGAGAGUUCUUCAGACAGCUCAAAGACCUGAUCAAAGUCGUGGUGCCCGGAAUACUAACGCCCGAGUUCGGCUACAUGCUCCUUGUGGCGGGUUCCUUGGUGGGCCGUACCCUGUGUGACAUCUGGCUGAUCAGGAAUGGCACCAUCAUAGAACGGGCCAUCAUCUCCAGGAACUUUGCUCUGUUCCGGAGCACUUUACAGGCCUUCGUCUUCACAAUGCCCAUGUUGUCGCUCGUCAAUAACGUCCUGAAGUAUGGGUUGAGCGAACUCCGGCUGCGGUUCCGGUCGCGACUGCACCAGGCCUUGUACAAGGAGUACCUGAACGGCAUCACCUACUACCGCAUGAGCAACCUGGACAACCGGAUCGCAAACCCAGAUCAGCUUCUGACGCAGGACGUGGAAAAGUUCUGCAGCUGCCUGACGGACCUGUACUCCAACCUGAGCAAGCCCAUGCUGGACAUCAUCCUGUACGUGCGGUGGCUGUCACUGGCCAUCGGGCAGGAGGCCCCCGGGGCCAUGCUGCUCUACUUGCUGUUUGCGGGCAUCAUCCUGACGCGGAUGAGACGCCCCGUCGGCCGCAUGACCAUGCAGGAGCAGAAGCUGGAGGGCGAACUCCGCUACGUCAACUCGCGGCUCAUCACCAACAGCGAGGAGAUUGCCUUCUACCAGGGCAACGAGCGCGAGAGGAUAACCCUGGACAACAGUUUCCGACGGCUGGUGUCGCACCUGAGGGACUUCCUCGAGUACCGCUUCACCCUGGGCAUUGUCGACGACAUCGUGGCCAAGUAUCUGGCGACGGUGGUGGGCUACAUCCUGAUCAGCCGGCCCUUCAUGGGCAGCAAGCAGAUGAGCGUCGACCACAACGUCCGCCUGGAGGAGUACUACAAGAGUGGGCGCAUGCUGGUCAAGCUGGCCGAGGCCGUGGGACGCGUCGUGCUGGCCGGGCGCGAGCUCACCCGCCUCGCCGGCUUCACCGCUAGGGUCUCCCAGCUGCGCUGGGUGCUGAGCGACCUCUCGCGCGGCCACUACGUGCGCUCGAUGCUGGCGGUGGACUCGCAGAGCGCCAAGGAGACCGCGACGACGCCGAGGAGGCGCAUGGAGCUGGUGCCUGGCGCCGGGCGCCUCGUGACCCAGGACAACAUCAUACGGUUCCAGGGGGUCCCCCUGGUGACGCCUAACGGAGACGUCUUGGUGGACGACCUGACCAUCGAGGUCAAGUCCGGGGUCAACGUCCUCGUCUGCGGCCCCAACGGCUGCGGCAAGAGCUCCCUCUUCCGGAUACUGGGCGAGCUGUGGCCGCUGUUCGGGGGCACGCUGGUGAAGCCGGCCAAGGAGAAGCUGUUCUACAUCCCCCAGCGUCCGUACAUGACGCUGGGCACGCUCAGGGACCAGGUGAUCUACCCGGACAGCCACCUGGAGAUGCUGCAGAGGGGCGUCACGGACGAGGACCUGGCGCGCUUCCUCCACCUGGUCCAGCUGGACUACGUGCUGGAGCGGGAGCGCGGCUGGGACACGAUCCAGGACUGGAUGGACAUCCUCAGCGGAGGCGAGAAGCAGCGCAUCGCCAUGGCGCGGUUGUUCUACCGACAGCCCCAGUUUGCAAUCCUCGACGAGUGCACGAGCGCAGUAAGCGUCGACGUCGAGGGCUCCAUGUACCAGUACUGCCGGCAAGCCGGCAUCACCCUGUUUACCGUGUCGCACAGAAAGUCCCUCUGGAAGUACCACGAGUACUGCCUGUACAUGGACGGACGUGGAGGCUACCAGUUCAAGGAAAUCACCCCAGACACAGCAGAAUUUGGCUCCUAGCAGCAGCUACCCUACAGCGAAAGAGACCCAGUGCCUUCAAGGACCGCCUAAACAACAGUCGUCGAGACCGGUGCCAGCCCUGCCACCACUGCGCACACUUCCCACAAUAUAAAUAAAGCGAGGCCACAAUGUCUACACAA